UGAACGCAGCCCUCCAUCUUCUAGCGUGAGUAGGAGCGGACAGCAGCGGAUAUGGCGGACUACAGCAGCGUGGCUCCACCGUCCUCUAACGCCGGCGGCGGCAUGAACGACGCUUUUAAAGACGCUCUACAGCGAGCACGACAGAUCGCAGCGAAGAUCGGCGGUGAUGGCGUCGCGGCACCCCCGACUAAUGAAUUCGGUUACGGAGGCCAGAAAAGGCCCCUGGAGGACGCUGGUGGGUAUUUUCCCAUGCCUAACCUGAAUAUCGAUCAACCAGAGACGAAGAAAGUGGCUACAAAUGAUGCGUUUUCAGCGAUUGGAGGAAUGGGAGGUCCCCCAAGGUCGACAUCAGAAGAAUUCAAGGUUCCAGAUGGAAUGGUUGGAUUCAUUAUUGGAAGAGGAGGCGAGCAGAUCUCACGUCUUCAGCAGGAGUCGGGGUGUAAAAUACAGAUUGCCCCAGACAGCGGAGGGAUGCCGGAUCGGUCAGUCACAUUAACAGGACCACCAGAAUCCAUCCAGACUGCAAAGCAGUUACUAACAGAGAUCGUGGAGAAGGGACGUCCAGCCCCGGCGUUCCACCACAAUGACGGCCCAGGAAUGACUGUCCAGGAGAUUAUGGUCCCUGCUUCUAAAGCCGGCCUGGUCAUUGGAAAGGGAGGAGAAACCAUCAAGAGCCUUCAGGAACGAGCUGGAGUGAAGAUGGUCAUGAUCCAGGACGGACCCCAAAACACAGGCGCAGAUAAGCCACUCCGCAUCUCAGGAGAACCCUUUAAAGUCCAGCAAGCCAAAGAGAUGGUGAUGGAGCUGAUCAGAGAGCAGGGCUUCAGGGAGCAGAGAGGAGAGUACGGCUCCAGGAUCGGAGGAGGUGGAGGAGGAGGAGGAGACAGCUUAGACGUUCCCGUCCCACGAUUUGCAGUCGGAAUUGUUAUUGGGAGAAACGGAGAAAUGAUAAAGAAAAUCCAGAAUGACACGGGCGUCAGGAUUCAGUUCAAACCAGAUGAUGGCAGCACACCAGACAGGAUAGCACAGAUCAUGGGUCCUCCUGAUCAGGCUCAGCACGCGGCAGAAAUCAUCUCCGACCUGCUGAGGAGCGUCCAGGCUGGAGGACCUCCGGGACACGGCGGCGGCAGGGGACGUGGUCGCGGACAAGGCAACUGGAACAUGGGACCGCCCGGUGGCCUGCAGGAGUUCACCUUCACAGUCCCGACCAUGAAGACCGGCCUGAUCAUCGGAAAAGGUGGUGAGACAAUCAAGGGCAUCAGCCAGCAGUCUGGAGCCAGAAUCGAGCUCCAGAGGAAUCCUCCGCCCAACGCUGAUCCCAACAUAAAGAUGUUCACCGUCAGAGGCUCCCCCCAACAGAUCGACUACGCCCGGCAGCUGGUGGAGGAGAAGAUAGGGGGACCAGUCACUCCUAUGGGUGGUCCACACGGUCCUCCUGGUCCACAUGGAGGUCCAGGCCCACACGGUCCUCCGGGACCUCCUGGACCCCCCGGAGCUCCCAUGGGUCCAUACAACCCUGGACCGUACAACCAGGGACCUCCAGGACCACACGGUCCUCCGGCUCCUUAUCAGCCUCAAGGAUGGGGCAACGGCUACCCACACUGGCAGCAGGGACAGCCCGAUCCAAAUAAAGCAGCCGCUGACGCCAACGCAGCAGCGUGGGCGGCCUACUACGCUCAGUACAGCCAGCAGCCCCAGGCUCCCAUGACCCCGACCAGCGGAGCUCCAGGAACAACUCAGACCAACGGCCAAGGUGACCCACAGGCUGCAGGUCAGAGUGGACAGGCAGAUUACACCAAGGCCUGGGAGGAAUAUUACAAGAAAAUGGGUCAACAGAGUCAGCAGCCUCAGGACUACACCAAGGCCUGGGAGGAGUAUUACAAGAAACAAGGUCAAGCGGCUCCUCAGGCGGCCACGGCGGCGGCGGCGGCAGCCUCUCAGCCAGGAGGCCAGCCGGACUACAGCGCCGCCUGGGCGGAGUACUACCGGCAGCAGGCCGCCUACUACGGCACCGCCAACCCUCAGUCCAUGGGAGCGGCACCACAAGCCCCUCAGGUACACCCCCACACCCCCACCACCACCACAGAACACUCAGUCCAUUCGUAACCACCUUCCUCCUCAGCCUCCACAGGUCCAGAGACGGCAGCGGCUCAAAGCUAACCACACACUGCUUCCUCCUGCAGGUUUUUUAGCUUUUUAUUUUGGGAAGGAGUCCACUGUUUCCGCUGUUAACAUGCACCGUAUCUUCUAUGUAUUUCUCCUGCACAGGGCCAGUAAUGUGAAGUGGACAAAAAGUAAAUGUCGAAACAAAAUCCUUUGUUAAAUGUUUGGAUGCAGACGCCUUGAUGAAGAUCUUAAAUUUCCUUGGUUUGAAAGUGUUUCACAUAGAUGGCAGAUUACCGGCGAACACGUCCUCCCUGAUUUCUCUGUUUUUGUUGUUGUUUUUUGUUUUUCCUGUAAAUGCUCUGUUUUUAGUGAGGUAAUUCUACAUAUGGUCAUUCCAGCCCUGUAUUCUACAUUCACUGUGGUUAGAAGUCAUGUUUAUUCUGCUGUAGACAUUUUCAUGUAAAUCAUCUCAGUUUUAAAAUGCCUGUUGUGUUUUUGCAAUAAAACAAACUGAAACCUCCUGUGUCGGUAAGUUGGGGUGGUUUGAAAAGCCAGAGGGGUGGAGAUGAACUUCUGUAUGUUUUGAUUGUUUUAUGGGGGUGGGGGGGUGGGGUGGGGGUCGGUUGAACUGCAGGCCGUGUGUGGGUUUUAAAUUGUCCAAAAAUCAAAGUUGUUGCUGUCCUGUCUCUCUCCAACUGUCUCUAAGGCUGGUAGAUAAGUGAUCAGUGAUCCUGAGCGGUUCAGGCCAACAGACGUCCGUGUUGAUAGACGUUUUUUUUACUCCCUAUUUUGGGGUUUCUGUGUAUCGCAUCUCCUGCAUUAACUGCGUUGCUGUGGCUCUUUAUUUUUAUUACUUCUGCCUGGUUUGCUGACAUGCUGAGCUAGUAUGAACUGUAUUUUGCCUUGAUUUAGUCACUUCCUCCUCCACAGGCAAGUUUAGAAAAGCGGUAAGCAAAGUAUUCCUGUCAACAUGUUGCAUAUUUUUAGUGUUAUCUCCACUUUUUUGUGCUGUUCUUUUUCCAGGACAGUCAGGUAAAAAGACUAAAAACUGCCGCUGUAUCUCUCAGAAAUGCUUUGAACCUUUUGUCUUGCCCAGCUGUGAACUAACUCACAUGUAUAAAUUUGUUGUUUUUUUUUAAAGAAUGUUUUUUUAAUAUAAAAACAUUGCAAAAAAUCAAACAAAAAAGGUUUUUGCUCUGCCCCUUCUGUUAGUGUUUAUCCGGUAUAAGAAGGUAGAUGUUGUAGGGUCAGCAGCCUUCGUCCUUCCUCCUCUAAUGUAAGUACACAUGCUUCAUAAACUGCUAAAGAUGUAGUAUUUUUAUCAUUUUUUUGUCAAAUAUUGCCAUUUCCCCCUUUCUUGGGUAAGUAUGAAAUGUUGUGAGGAGAGGCGUAGAGCUUUAGACUGACUAUUCUUCUGCCACAUGUUUCUGAGACUCAUCUCCCCUUUUUGUGCUUCACAUCCAGUGUGCUGUAGCGUUUUGCGUAGCUAGAAUAUCGGUCGGAUUCUGAGCCGAGGGUUUGAAUGUCGGCGCUCUGUCACCCUGCUGGUAGGAACUGUUUUUAAGGAUGUUGGUUCUGUUUUUGCGUUCUGAUGAUCUGACCUGUUAAAGUGCCAUUUGUCCAGUCCAGGGGUGUCAAACUCGUCUCAGCCCAGGUUCCACAUGAGCCAGAAAAGUAAAAUCGCAGCGUAAUGACAGUUAAAUAACCACAGCUCACACUUUUACCCUUUGCUUUAGUGCAGUGAAAGUCAGAGGAAAAAUCAACAAAAGACAAGACAUUACAAAAAUGAGACACAUUUUGGACAAGUUUUAGUCAUUUUGCACUCAUUUUAGAGAAAUGUAGGUAGUUUUGGAUGGAUUUCAGUUUUGAAUGAGUUUAAGUCAUUUGGGCCAUUUUAGAAAACCAUUUAUGUCAUCUUCGACUCAUUUUGAGAAUGUCAUCAAAGACGCAAUGUGACUUCUUUUAGGGCUUUUUUUCUGUCAUUUUGGAUCUAUUUUGGACAAACUUGGGUCAUUUUGUGCAGAUUUCAUCUAAUUUCGGACACAAACUUUAGGAGUUUUCGACAAGCUCGGGUCAUUUUGGAUUAUUUUCAGGUCAUUUUGGACACAUCUUGAGUCUAGUUUUGUGUAUUUGCAGCGAUGUGUGCAGCUAGAAGCAGAACAGUCACACGUCCCAUGCUGUUUUUGCGGCUGUUCAUCUACAAAGGCACAAAAUAUUCGGUUACAGCUCUCUGGAACUGAGCGAUGUAGUAUCUUACUUGAAAGUCGGACAAAAAAUGAGACACGAAGUGACAAAAAAAAUCGACCAAUGACACAACCGAGACAAAGCAGCGACAAAUGAGAAGUCGGACCAAAAAAAAGGGAAAAUAUUACAAAACUGAGGCAGAAAAUGACAAAAGAACUAUUUAAUAUUUUACUUUAUCAUGAAAACGACUUGUCAUGCUCUAGAAAUUAUUUAAAAUUUUUUGUUUUACUAAUUUACAAUUCAGUUAACCCUCGUGUCGUCCUGUGGGUCAAAAUUGACCCGAUUUAAAGUUUUGAAAAUGUGGGGGGAAAAAAAAUGUAUUUUGCAGUGAAACUUCUGAUGUCCACAUUUUCAACAUUUGUGGGAAAUCUUGGAACAUUUUUUUGGAGGAAAAAAUGUUAAUAUUAAGAACUCGCAUAAAAAAUCAACUAAAAUCCAACGAAUUUCGCUGGAUUUGCUUGAUUUUCAUGUGAAUGUUCCUAAAGAAAAUAGUUUUACUGAUAUAUAUGGAAUCCCUUUAGAUGUUUUUAGGAUUUUUUUUGGAAGUCUUUUUUAACUCGUUUUUUGAAAAUGUUUACAAGAAUUUUGUUGCCAAAUUUUUUUUCAAAAUAAAACUUUUAAGGAAUUAUUGGAGUUUUUUCUUCCUGAAGGUUUUGCAAAUUUUCAGAAAUUUGAUUACAUUUUAUUUUUUGCAGAAUUUUUACAAACUAUUUUUUGGUGCCCCAAAGUGAGGACAAUAGGAGGGUUAAUGUUGUUUCUGAAUAUUUUUUACCCUUUGCGAAGACUGGAACGGACCAUCUGGCGGGCUGGUUUUGGCCCGCGGUCCUCGUGUUUGACACCCCUGGAUUGGAUGACGUUUUAAAAACCACAAAUGCCUAGAAAAGAAAAGUCCUACUGCAUAACUCCAGCGUAGCAUGCUUAGGUUUUAAUGUCCUACAUGAGCAUGUGGAAUGCUAGUAGUGGAAGAAGCUCAGCAUUGAUCUCUCUGUUGUUGUUGUUGAAAGGCUGUUGAUAUUUAAGGUUGGAAAGCAAAUCUCUCUAUAUAUAUUCUCUAUUUUUUGACUGCAUUGUUCACUGAUGGCAAACAGUGCGAUUAUAUCUGAUCUUUGCAGUGUCGUCCCAGACCUUGCACACCUUAGGUUCUGCUGCCGUAACACAGGUAAGCGAAACCUAAGGAAACCAGUGUUUUUGUCCAGUGACAUGACCAAUAUUCACAUGCUUACCUGUGUCGUUAACAAUGCAUUAAGUCGUUAAAGAAAUGUCCAGGAUAAUCAGCCCUUCUCUUUUUAAUUUUGUUGUUGCUUUCAUGAAUGAACUGCAUGAUAUGAGCUGUUAAAAACAAAAAAAAGGUUGUUGCAUUAGGAGGAAAUGCUUAAUAUUUGAUGAUAGCCUUGUGUUAUUGUUUAGCGAUGCUUUUAGAUGACUCUGGUGUAAACAAACUGCAUGCCUGUUGCCACUAGUUAGCCAUGUGCUCAGGUUUCUCAAACACAAACAGAAACGGUGACAUACAUGAUUUUUUUUUCCCUGAAUAUUUUUUUUUAUGAUUUUUGAUUCUUCUGUCGUGGUGUGAAUCUGCCCUCACGUGCGGUGCUAUUCUGCUAUUGAAACGCUGCUGCCUUCACUUCUCGCUCACAGUGUUGGAGGAUGCUGCAGGCUUUAGGUCGUAGAAUCAGGCCGUGUCGUAGUUUGGAAUCCUUUAUCCCCCACUGCUGAACGUAGACCGUUCAAGAGCUCCGGUGAUAAGGUAACAAAACAGCAACGCAAAUGAAAUUCAAAUUCUGUCAAGUGUUGGUCAGAUGAAUGUGUUUCCAGCUGGGAUUGUUGUGUUUUUUCUUAAGUUGGUUUCUCUGCCUUCAUGAACAGCUUCUAGUCAUAAAUGUGCUUUAGAAAGUUGGAUGAGGACAGGAUCUGACGUGCUUUCCUUGCAGUUAAUUUGGGAUUAAAACAAAACAAAAAAGGGGGUAGAAGACUAAACGAGGAGCAUGCCUUAGAGGUAAACAGGUUUCAUGUUGAUGCUGUGUGAAUUAAAUCUAUCGGUUUGUUCCUUCGAUUCACUUGUUCUGACUUCUGAAAUGUCGCCAUGUUCAUUAAUAAUAAAGCUGUAACUAAUAAACUGGA